UAUUCAAGGUCAAUUAUAUGGGUCCCACCAUACCAACAAUACCCCAUAUACAAGACGACUUCUCCCUCUCGACAGUUUUCUUCUUUCCCUUAACCUAUUCUUUCUACAUUUUCUUUCCCAUUCUGCAAAAGGGUUGUCACUAAUUUCAUGGAGAAGACAGAUCAGAGAGAAACUCGAGACUUUAUGAACGUUGAGUCGUUCUCUCAAUUGCCCUUCAUUCGUCCCGCACCUGCUAAAGAAAAGGCUAUUAGGCUAUUCGGGAAAGAAUUUGGAGGAGGUGACUCAAUUCCUUCUGAUCCUCACGAAGAACCGGAGCUUUUUACUGAGACAAGCACUCGUGAAGAGACCAGAGACAGCGAUAAUAAUGGUGAAAGCAGCCGGAAAUUUGAAUGCCAUUACUGUUGCAGAAACUUUCCUACCUCACAAGCCCUUGGAGGUCAUCAAAAUGCGCACAAAAGAGAGCGUCAACAUGCUAAAAGGUUGCACCUUCAAUCUGCUAUGGUGCACAGUGCUGUAUCUGAUCACUCUCACCUCUAUGGUCUAAUGAACUAUCCUCUUGGUUCAGCCGCAACACCUGCUUACAGUUCAUGGACUAAUUACAACAGCAGCAGUUCUUACAGUACCAGACAUAACGGGUUUUAUGGUCGCUAUGGAUCUAGUUACUCUAGACCACCUAUUAAUGGUAGUCCCUUGGCCUUAUGGCAAAUCCCAUCCGUCCAUACUUCCACUGCCUUUAGACACGACCAUUCAUCAACUCAUCAGCUACCGCUGUUUUCUAAGGACGAUUUGAAGCUAUCAUCAAUCAAUGGGUCUGAUUCUCAAAGCAGAUUCGUGUACGAAUCAAAGCCGAGCAUGCAAGAUCAGGUAAGUUUGGAUUUACGCCUUUAGCAUUUCUUGAGGAACAGCAUAUAACAUACUCUGAGGCCGGCUAUGAUUUUUAUUGGACUGAGUUAUUUUUUAUAAUUAAUGCGGAAAAAAAUAAAAAUCUUAUUUCAUGGUAUCAGUUAGCAUGUAAAUGAAAUGGACUUUAAUUAGUAUGGUACUGAUGUUAUAGCAAGAAGCUGCUGCCUGCAGCUGCAACUUGACUCUUCACAAAUUAUUCAUUUUGUUAGUAUUUCAGUACAUUUGUACUCUUAUGAAACUUAAUUUCCACUA